AUGUCCGCUGAUACUAGUGGCUCUUUCUUAUUUUUGCCGACUAUACUCUGCCAUAUUUUUGAUGCAUGUUCCCGAGGUGCUCCGCCUUCAAUUGUUCAGCCGUCGAUGUCAAGUGCUAUUGCUCUUCUUGGGCAGGAUGUGGAUUUUACGUGCAUUGUAAAUGAUUUGGGCAGUCAUAUGGUCGCCUUUGUGAAAGCCGACACGCCUCCUCGUCUUUUGUCCUUCGAUGAAAAACUUUUCCGUCGAAGAGACAAAUAUGAAUUGAAACCCAGAAUAGGAGAUCAUCACAAUGAAUGGGUGUUAACAAUUAAAAAUGUGCAGGAAGCCGAUCGUGGUAAUUAUUCGUGCCAAAUUAAUACCGAACCCGUAAUGAUAGCAACUGGCGAACUUGAUGUGAAAGUGCCACCGAUUGUUUCGCGUAGUACACCGGCAGCCGUGGAAGUUCGAGAAGGGAACAAUGUGAGCUUGACCUGUAAAGCUGAUGGAAAUCCGACACCAAGUGUAGUUUGGCGACGUCAAGACCGCCAGAUUAUUAGAUAUAAUGGCGCCACGGGAUUUGGCGCUAGCGUAUUUCACGGACCCGUCCUACAUCUCACUAAGGUUUCACGCAAACACAUGAGUGAAUAUAUCUGCGUUGCAAGCAAUGGAAUACCGCCUGAUGAAUCGUGGACAGUAAAAUUGCUCGUAACUUUUCCACCUCUAGUUCACGCUCAAUCUGAAUCUGUUCAAGCAUCUCCUGGAUCAAUAUCUCGAUUGGUUUGUACAACAGAAGCAUGGCCCAGACCAGAAAUGAUUUGGGAAAAGGAUGGAGAGCCGAUUUAUGAGAACAAUGAAUACUCAAUCACACAUACUGUAUCUGGUCAGUAUCACAGCGUUCACAUUUUGGAGAUACGAAAUGUUAGGCCUCAUCACUAUGGAGCCUACCGAUGUGUUGCAAAAAAUGAUAACGGAAUUCAUUAUUCACACAUUAAUUUAAUUAAAACACACCAUACUCAACAUCCAAAUAUUAUUCCAGAAGGUAUAUAA